AUGGUAGAGGUUGAAACUGCCAUACAGGAGAUGUUCCAGGCUCCUCAUAUUCAAGUUAUGAGAAGUUGCUCCAAACUGAGUAAAAUCUUCUUGGCAGCCAUGGUGCAUGAGCUUUAUAAAACAGGAAUGGCCAAAACUACAUUUGGAAAGUUGGCAACGACUGUCUCAUGUCUCUGUGCAAGCAAUAGAGAAGCAUUUCCUGGAUGGGACACACUUCUGAAAGUUGGCUGUAAGUUUGGUGAAUGCAGAAUCAUUCUAUGUGAGGCAGGAGCUAGGCAUAGGUUGCAGAAGUUGCAACUCAACUUUCCAAGGUAUAUGUCCUUUGCUGAAACCCACCACAACAGAGUUAUUCCUCUUGGCAUGGCUGUCUAG